GAUUCAAGUUAUUUGUCCUGAGAGGUGAAUUAUCAGCUUGUUGAACAACAAGUGUUAACUUAAUAAGAAAGGUUUACAUUUGCUUAGUAUUCGUUUUUCGUUUCAUUACAAUGAGGAAAGCGGUCGUAGGUUAUUCAAUUACCGUUAUUUUAUUGAUGUAUAUGGAUUUUCAAAAAUGUGAUGGUACAAUUCUGAAGAAUAAAUCAAAAAUUUCAUGGAACGAUAUUAUAAAGCCAAAUUACAAUACCGGGAAAAUAUCACCCUGGAAUUCAAAUGAAAGCAUCCAGAAACAACAUUCAAACCAAAACUCAGCUGCGUCGAAUGGAGGUGUAGUGCAGCAGAUGGGCAAGAAAACCUCGAAACUUCAGAAUAACAAUAAAAGUCAGCAAGAACAGGAUAUUAUGGUUCCAUCAAAAUCAAUGAAAGAGCAAAACAAAAUUCAUGUACAACUAGAAAAACCACCACAGGACAAUAUUUUUACUUCGUUUCUGAAGACAUUUUUUCCUUGGAAUUUCGAUGCAUAUUACAGUGACCACACUACAAUGAAACCAACACACGAAUAUCAAUAUACAGAUCAUGAUCUAUACUAUUAUUACAACCCUGAUUUCUAUUUAGCCACGGUGAAUCCAACGCCAUUUUACGAUUAUUCUACCAAAAAGAAACUGGACAUUUCAAGUUUUAACGAAGAACUAGAAUACGAAGGAGAAGAAAUGACUACUGUUUCUGGAGCAACCAGAUCUUCGGCGGGAGGCAAAGAGAUAGAGGCAGAAGACAUUACAACAGUCGCUACUGUAACUUCAACAGACAAACCAGCGGAAAACGAAACAGAGGCUGAAGAUAUUACUACACCAAAAUCUAGAGCAUCGGCUGUAAAUAAUAAAGUAGCAUCAACAACAGAAAAAUCUGCCACUGAAGGCGUAGAACUUGAGGAUCGGACAACACCUUCUUCAGCAGGAAAGACUAAACAAAAAAUAACAGCCGCGCCCAGGAAACAACUCAGUGUAUUUAAGACUAAUUCAAAUGGAGGUGUUAAGGUUAUGUUAAACAGACCGAGUAAGAGGUUUCCUCCAAAAUAUCGCUUCCCUAAAUAUAAGCAACGUUACCAAGUUCCUGUGCUAAAAGAAAUAAAUUCUGGUCCUAAAUUCAUGACUAGAAUACCGAAAAAAAUUGGACCGAUUUAUAGCAAUGUACAGAAUCAAUUAAAGGCCAAUAAGAUCAAAUAUAAAAUAGUCCAUAAAUCCACGAGAGUAAGUCCAGUUAUAAAGUCUUUUGUAGUAAAUCAUGCAGUGCCAAAACAGCGUUCUCACAUACAACGAUUACCAAACAGAAAAAUCUCAGUAGUCCAUAAAACAGAGGGACGACAUAAUUUGCACCUGCAAAAACCUAUUAAUUUAGGACGCAGUGAGAGCCAGGGAUGUAGAAAACGACAGAAAUGUCCGUCUAAUCUCCGGCCUGUGUGUGGAACUGAUGGAUUGUCCUACAGGAAUGAAUGCGUGCUUAAAUCAGUCGCUUGUGUGAGAGGUGGACAGAACAAACUCAGAAUCAGACAUAAAGGUAUAUGUUGAAUCUAAAGCUGUUAGAUGAUUGUGGAACACGCUGAUUCAACUGACAAUCUCCUUAGUCCUUCCCCUGGGACAUUGUCCACCAGCGUUGAGAGGCAUCGAGAUUUUUCUUGAGAAAUAUCAGUGGAAGAGAGAGAGUGCAUAUAUGUGAUAUGGAUGCUUGUACAACUGGCGUAUAUAUAUAUUCUCUUCGUUCAUAAAGACUAAAAGAGACAUGCAAUUUCUAUCCAAUGAUUCAAAUUAUAGUUAUGCACAAUACCUUUAAAACGACAUCAAACAGGGAGAAAUUUAAGCACUGUGCAUAUAUAUUCAGUAUGGAAUUGGAAAGCAUCACAAGGUCACGAAUAUUCUGCUGCGCGGAUUCUGUUGACUUUUGCUUUUCCGAGUUGGGCCAUAUUGGUUCUUAUAUUGAUUUUACU